AUGAACACCAUCUUUGACCAAUUUGCCGAGGCACAUACUCUACGAAAUGGCUACAAACUUGCACAGACGCUAUCGCCUGUUCCUCCUCCAGACGACCCUCAUCGACUGAUGGCUGUAUGGCGCAGUACGAAUUCUCACAGUGUCAAAGGCGACAUCAAGCACUUUAUCAAGUCCAGCACAUCUCACCGACGGAAACUGGAUCAUGAUGAAACAACAGGCUGGGUCGAGGUGUAUACCUCGUAUUGGAAAGCCAUUGCUGAGAUCUUGGCGGGAGAGAGCGGAAAGUCUACAUGGACCAAAGUGUACGAGGCAUGGAAGGAACUGACCUCAACACUUAUCCGCGGAUAUAACGCACAUGGGUUCGAAGCGUGGACUAUACCCUCCCUCUAUAUGGUGGGCAAGUACUUGCGACUGUUUGCCAUCAAAUCCGAUGAAGAGCGCAGAGCCAAAGCCUUCGACAACGGCCCCGGAGCUUCAUUGAUAUCGGACGACUUCGACCCUGAAACCGACAAGCAACUCCAACUAAGAGACUGCGAAGGACACCUCAAGCGUAUCUUUUCGCUUUGUUUGAACGACAGAGCACCACUUGAGGAAUCACGGAAAUGGGGAAUCUACUUUGUUAUCAAUCUCCUCUUCAAGACUUACUUCAAGCUCAACUCAGCCUCCCUAUCGAGGACCAUUCUUAAGACGCUUGCUGUGUACAACGACAAGGGAGACAUGCCUCCUCUGGAGAUGUUCCCCAAGUCUCAGCGAGUGACUUUCAAGUUCUACGAGGGCGUUCUUCUCUUCCUCGAGGAGAAUUACAUUAAGGCCGAAUCACACCUCAAUGAAGCAUGGCAGCUAUGUCGCAAAGACGCUUUCCCUCAAUCUGAACGAAUUCUUACCUACCUUAUCCCCUGCCGUCUUCUUACUAGCCACGUUCUCCCUACAAAGGCACUUCUCAAAAACUAUCCUCGACUACAAGAGCUCUUCCUCCCUCUAGCCAACUGCAUCAAAUCCGGCAAUCUGCAGGCUUUCGACGAAGCCCUGCAGCAUGGUGAAGCUGAAUUUGUCAAGCGACGCAUUUACCUGACACUUGAAAGGGGCCGAGACAUUGCCUUGCGUAACCUACUACGUAAGGUCUUCCUCGCCGGUGGCUUCGACGAGCCGAAGGAGGGCGAAACAGCCCAAGUCCGACGCACAAGAGUACCUGUAUCCGAGUUCCAGGCUGCAAUUAGUAUGGGCAGCGGUCAUUUGAUCGAUCCGGAUGAAGUUGAGUGCAUGCUCGCCAACAUGAUUUACAAGGUGAGUCGCCAGAUCCUUCGUGUUGAUAAGGCGCUGGCCACUUCGUGGCACCAACUUUCCUUAUUGGUAGAAUAG